UCUGGGCUUCUCUCCGGCAGGUCUCCCAUGCUGCCCAGGGGCUGAACGAAGCCUCCUUCCCUGAGGACACAGAGUCUGACCCAGCGGGCACACCCUGGUGGAGUGACGCCGAUCUCUCCGAUGACGAAGACAUGCUGGCAGAUGAAGCCUCAGGAGAUGGCAACGGCAGCGGGGAGAACGGCAGUGGGAUCGCACUGCCCGACAUGCUGCUGUCCACCAGCCGGACGCCGAGCGUCACACUCUUGUCAAUGGCCCAACCGGGUGCAGCAGGGCAGCCCCAUCUGGCGGGUAUGACUGUGGCUGACCCGGACGAUGAGGCCCCGCUCAUCUACUUCCGCGCUCUGGUGAAUUUCACCCAGUCCAUUGACUACAGCCCGCAGCUGGACGACGCCAAUUCGGAGGAGUUCCGGGAGGUUUCGGAGGCCGUGGUGGAUACGCUGGAGUCCGAGUACUACAAGAUUGGUGGGGAGCAGGUGGUCAGCGUGGUGUUCAUCAAGGAAAUCGACGGCUAUGCCUUUGUGGAGCUGGAUGUGGGCUCAGAGGGGAACCUGGACGAGGGGGAGAUCCGCGAGGUGCUCUACUCUGUCGUCGAGAGCGGCUCCAUUGCCUCCUACAUCACCUCCACGCAGGGCUUCCAGUUCCGGCGCCUCGGGGCGGUGCCCCCGGAUGUGCGUGCCUGCACCGGGGAGGAGUUCGCCUGCGGCAGCGGGGAGUGCAUCGACCAGGAGUUCCGCUGCGACCGCCGCCCCGACUGCCGCGACAUGUCGGACGAGCUGAACUGCGAUCCACAGGAAGUGGUGAGCACCCCACCCCCACCCAUCACCACCGCUCAGCUGGCCACCACCCGGACACCCACAACCACCCCCUUGACGCCCAUGGUCACUACCAGGAGGGUGCCGUCCACCACGCCCCCCCGGCUCAUCACCUCCAGGCACCCCUUGGAGCUGCACCCCUGCCGCCGGGAUGAGGCCGUCUGCUCCAACAAGCAGUGCAUCCCCCGGGACUACCUGUGCGACGGCGAGCGGGACUGCCUGGAUGGGAGCGACGAGCUCAGCUGCGGCACCCCUACCCCGUGCGAGCCCAACGAGUUCAAGUGCCGGAACGGGCACUGCGCCCUCAAGCUGUGGCGCUGCGACGGGGACAACGACUGUGUGGACGGCUCCGAUGAGGUGGACUGUCCCACCAAGGGCCCCUAUGACGCCUGCAGCCCCUACCAGUUCACCUGCGUGUCCAGCCACACCUGCAUCCCGGCCAGCUACCAGUGCGACGAGGAGGCCGACUGCCCCGACCGCUCCGACGAGGUCGGCUGCACACCGCCGCAAGUCAUCACGCCCCCCGAGGAGUCCGUGCAGGCCACCCCCGGGCAGACAGUGCGCUUCCGCUGCGUGGCCGUCGGCGUGCCCACCCCCAUCAUCACCUGGAGACUCAACUGGGGCCACAUACCUGCCAACAGGAGAGUGUCCAUAAGCAGCGAGAAUGGCCACGGGACGCUGACCAUCCGGGACGUGAAGGAGGCCGACCAGGGGGCCUACACCUGUGAAGCCAUCAAUGCCCGGGGCAUGGUAUUUGGGAUCCCUGAUGGCGUGCUGAGCCUCACGCCCCGGCGUGGCCCCUGCCCCGAAGGACACUUCCAUGUUGAAGGUACCUCCAAGUGCCUGGCCUGCUUCUGCUUCGGCGUCACCACGGCUUGCCAUGGCACCAGCCGCUACCGGGACCAGAUCCGCCUGCGCUUCGACACGCCUGAUGACUUCAAGGGUGUGAACGUGACGACACCAGCGCAGCCGGGGACGCUGCCCCUCUCUGCCACACAGCUCCAGAUCGACCCCGCCCUGCAGGAGUUCCAGCUCGUAGACCUGUCCAGGAGGUUCCUGGCACACGACUCCUUCUGGGCAUUGCCCAGCCAGUUCCUGGGCAACAAGGUGGACUCCUACGGCGGGUACCUCAGCUUCAAGGUGCGCUAUGGGCUGGCGCGUGGCCAGUCAGAGCCCGUGCAGAAGUCCAACGUGGUGAUUGUGGGGAAUGGGCAGAAGCUCAUCUACCGGGUGCAGGUGCCCACCCAGCCGUCGGUCGUCAACCAGCGCCAGAUUCACUUCACAGAGGAGAACUGGCAGCAGGAGUCGGGCGCCCCGGUGAGCCGGGAGACGCUGCUCCUGGCCCUGCAGAACCUGGAGACCAUCCUGGUGCAGACGGUCUACGACAACAAGAUGGCGAGCGUGGGGCUGAGUGACAUCGCCAUGGACACCACCACCGUGGAGCUCACCAGCCAGGGCGUGGCGCAGGGCGUCGAGGAGUGCAGGUGCCCCAUCGGCUACUCGGGCCUGUCCUGCGAGAGGUGCGAUGCCCGGUUCGAGCGGGUACGCGAGGGCCCCUUCCUCGGCACCUGCUCCGGCUGCAACUGCCACGGGCACUCCAGCUCCUGUGACCGGGUCUACGGCUACUGUCUGAACUGCCAGCACAACACAGAGGGGCCUCAGUGUAACAAGUGCAAACCUGGCUUCUUUGGAGAUGCCACGAGAGGCAACGCCGCAGCCUGUCGGCCCUGCCCCUGCCCCUACACCGACUCCGCGCGCAGGUUCUCCACCACGUGCUUCCUGGACACAGACGGCCAGGCCACAUGCGACGCCUGCGCCCAGGGAUACACGGGGCGACGCUGUGAGAGCUGUGCCCCUGGCUACGAAGGGAACCCCAUGCAGCCCGGCGGGAGUUGCGUGCAAACCAGCCAGGAGUUCAUAAAGUGUGACAAGCGGGGGAGCAGUGACUCCACAGGAGGUGCCUGCCGCUGUAAGCCCAACGUGGCGGGACGUCUCUGCAACGAGUGCACGUCUGGAGCCUUCCACCUGAGCGAGCAGAACCCCGACGGCUGCCUGAAGUGCUUCUGCAUGGGGGUGUCCCAGCAGUGCGCCAGCUCCUCCUGGAACAGAGAGCAGGUGCGGGCCCUGGAUGGUGAGCGGGCGCACUUCAGCCUGGCCAACCUGGCCAACACCCGCACGGUCAGCGAGGGCAUCCGCUCCCCCAGCCAUGCUGAGUUGGCCUUUUCCACCUUCCACGCCCUGCCCCGCGAUGUCUACUACUGGGUGCUGCCUGACCGCUUCAAGGGAGACAAGGUGACCUCCUAUGGUGGGGAGCUGCACUACACCGUUAUGCACAGCGCGGCGCCCGGCGCCCAGCCCCUGCCCCGCAAACCCGACGUGCUUCUGCGUGGCAACGGCAUCUUCCUGCAGCACUUCGCCAAGGCCGGCCCCCUGCCGGGGACCCCCACCCGCUUCACAGUCCCCUUCCGAGAGCGUGCUUGGCGCCGAGCUGACGGGCAGGACGCCACGCGGGAGCACCUGUUGAUGGCGCUGGCCGAUAUCGACCAUUUCAUGAUCCGGGCAUCGUACACGGACAGGCCGGCGGAGAGCAGGCUCUCCAACAUCCACAUGGACGUGGCCGUGCCCCACGCCACUGGCCUGGAGCGGGCAGUGGAGGUGGAGGAGUGCACCUGUCCCCCUGGCUACCAUGGCCCUUCCUGCCAGGACUGCGACAUGGGCUAUGCUCGCACCUCCAGCGGCCUCUACCUGGGUACCUGUGAGCGCUGCGACUGCAGCGGGCACUCGGGCGAGUGUGAUGCUGAGACGGGAGACUGCCAGAACUGCCAGGACAACACCGAGGGCACCAGGUGCGAACGCUGCCAGCCAGGUUACUAUGGUGACGCCCGACGAGGGACCCCAACAGACUGCCAGCCCUGCCCAUGCUACGGGCCAUACGCCACCAGCCAGGCCACGAAAACCUGCUUCUUGGACAUGGACGGACAGCCCACGUGUGAUGCCUGCCCCACGGGCUACGUGGGACGCCAGUGCCAGAGGUGCGCUCCUGGCUAUGUGGGGAACCCCAGCCUGGGGCAGCCCUGUAGAGAGCUCAACAGAAACUGCAGCUGUGACCCACAAGGCAGCGUGAGCAGGCAGUGUGAUGCCAGCGGGCAGUGCCAGUGUAAGCCCCACGUGGAGGGUCCCUCCUGCAGCAGCUGCCGUGCCAACCAUUUCCACCUGAGCGCCGAGAACCGCGAGGGUUGUCUGCCCUGCUUCUGCAUGGGUGUGACCCAGCAGUGCACCAGCUCCUCCUACUACCGGGGCCUGGUCACUAGCCCCUUCCUCCCGGGCAACUUCCAGAACUUCGCCCUGGUGAACCGCCAGCACAGCACCCGCAUCGUGACCGGCUUCGCCGUGGAGCUGUCAGCCGAGGGGCCGCAGCUCUCCUUCGGGCGCUUCGGCCAACUGGGCCAGGAGUCCUACUACUGGCAGCUGCCAGAGCCCUACCAAGGAGACAAGGUUGGCUCCUACGGUGGGCGGCUGCGCUACACCCUCUCCUACAGCUCUGGGGGGAGGAGUGCCCCGCUGCCUGAUGCCGACGUGCAGAUCACGGGCAACGACAUCACGCUGGUGGCGUACCAGCCUGAGCUGCUGCCGCGCGACCGUCGGAGCUUCGAGAUCAUCCUCCGGGAGCAAUACUGGAAGCGGCCCGACGGGCAGCAUGCCACCCGGGAGCACCUGAUGAUGGCACUGGCCGACCUGGAUGAGAUCCUCAUCCGUGCCACCUACUCCUCCGACAUGGUGUCGGCCAGCAUUGCUGGCGUCAGCAUGGAGACCGCCGUGCCCACCUACAGCAGCCUGCCGCUGGCGCCUGAGGUGGAGGAGUGCCGCUGCCCACCUGGGUACCAAGGCCUCUCCUGCCAGGACUGUGCUGCUGGCUACACUCGCACGGGGGGUGGCCUGUACCUCGGGCACUGCGAGCUGUGUGAGUGCAAUGGCCACUCGGACUCCUGCCACCCGGAGACGGGGGCCUGCUCGAACUGCUUACACAACGCGGCCGGGGAGUUCUGCGAGCAGUGUGCCCCUGGCUACUACGGCGAUGCCACCGCCGGGACCCCCGAGGACUGCCAGCCUUGCGCCUGCCCACGCUCGGAGCCUGAGAACCAGUUCUCGCGGACGUGUGAGAGCCUGGGGGCAGGCGGCUAUCGGUGCUCGGCCUGCGAGCCCGGCUACACCGGCCAGUACUGUGAGCAAUGUGCGCCAGGCUAUGUGGGGAACCCCAGCGUGCGGGGGCAGAAGUGUGUGCCUGUGGACCGAGCCCCUUUCGUGGUACGAGUCCACCCCCCAAAGACCACAGUGUCGCAGGGUGGAGAGGUGACCCUGCGCUGCCAGGCCAGCGGCAGCUCGCCCUACUACUACUCCUGGUCGCGGGAGGAUGGGCGCCCCGUGCCCAGCACUGCCCAGAGCAGACGGCAAGGUGAAGAGCUCCACUUCGCCAGCAUCCAGCCCUCCGAGGCUGGGGUUUACGUCUGCACCUGCCGCAGCCUGCAGCACAGCAAUGCCAGCCGGGCGGAGGUCAUUGUCACCGAGGCCCCCAGCAAACCCAUCACGGUGACCGUGGAGGAAAAGAGGGUCCAGAGUGUGAAGCCUGGAGCUGACGUCACCUUCAUCUGUACGGCCAAGAGCCAGUCUCCGGCCUACACACUGGUCUGGACGCGCCAGAACCACGGCAAGCUGCCACGCCGCGCCAUGGACUUCAACGGCAUCCUCACCAUCCGCAACGUGCAGCCUGAGGACACCGGCAUCUAUGUCUGCACCGGCUCCAACAUGCUGGACAUGGCUGAGGGCACGGCCACACUGCAUGUGCAAGCCCCUCCUAAGACCCAGAUGUUUUAUGGACCCAUCGAAGUCAUGGAAGGCCACAGACCCUCUGCCACCGCCGUCCUGCCCACGGCCACCAUCGAGCCAGCACAGCUGACGGUCCAGCCAGGCCAGCCGGCUGAGUUCCACUGCAUUGCCAGCGGGAGCCCCCCGCCCACUGUGGAGUGGAUCGGAGGGCAGGCUGGUGUCAUGUCCCGCAAGGCUGUGAUCCAGGGAGGGACCCUGCGCUUCCCCGCUGUGGAGCCCUCGGACGAGGCGGAGUAUCUGUGCCGUGUGCGCAGCAGCGCUGGGCAGCACGUGGCCCGGGCCUUCCUGCAAGUUCACAGUGCCAGCGUGCCGCAGGUGCAGGUGAGCCCGGAGCGGACAGAGGUGCAGGAGGGCAGCACGGUGAGACUGUACUGCAGGGCUGCCGGCUCCCCCACCGCCACCAUCACCUGGGAGAAGCAAGGGGGCAGCCUCCCGCCCCAGUCCCGCUCGGAGCGCACCGACAUCGCCACUCUGGUGAUCCCCUCCAUCACGGCCGCUGACAGUGGGGUCUACCUGUGCAUCGGGACCAGCCCAGCCGGUGUCGGCAGUGCCAGGAUCGAGGUGGUGGUGCUACGAGACUCGGGCGUGGUGCCCCCCAUCCGGAUCGAGGCCUUAUCGUCUUCCAUCGCUGAAGGACAGACCCUGGACCUGCACUGCCUCGUCACAGGCCAGGCGCCAGCCACAGUGACGUGGUACAAGCGGGGGGGCUCUCUGCCGGCCAGACACCAGGUCUCCGGCUCCCACCUCCGCAUCUCGCAGGUCUCGGCGGCCGACUCGGGUGAGUACGUCUGCCGCGUGAGCAUCGGUGCCAGCUCCCGCGAGGCCUCCAUCCCAGUUACUGUGCAGCACAGCGCCGGCUCCCCACACGCCCCCCCCAUCCACAUUGAGUCCUCCUCCUCCGCCGUCACUGAGGGACAGACCCUGGACCUGAAGUGCCUCGUCACAGGCCAGUCGCCAGCCACAGUCACGUGGUACAAGCGGGGGGGCUCCCUGCCGGAAGGCCACCAGGUCUCCGGCUCCCACCUGCGACUGGUCCGGGUCUCGGUGGCCGACUCGGGUGAGUACGUCUGCCGCGUCAGCACCAGCGCUGGUAUCCAAGAGGCCUCCAUCAUCGUCACCAUCUACCACGCCACCGACUCACCCUACCCCUCAGGCGUCGAACCCCCUGUCCGCAUCGAGUCUUCCUCAUCCUCCAUCUCUGAGGGACAGACCCUGGACCUGCACUGCCUCGUCGCAGGCCAGGCACCAGCCACAGUCACGUGGUACAAGCGGGGGGGCUCCCUGCCGGCCAGUCACCAGGUCUCCGGCUCCUACCUGCGCAUCUCCCAAGUCUUGGCAGCCGACUCCGGCGAGUACGUCUGCCGCGUCCGCACUGGCACCAUGGUCCAAGAAGCCUCCAUCAUUGUCACCAUCAGCAGCGCCGGGUCUUCCUACUCCUCGGGCAUGCGCCCCCCAAUUUGGAUAGAGCAAUCAUCCUCCUCCAUCACCGAGGGACAGACCCUGGACCUGCACUGCCUCGUUGCGGGCCAGGCACCAGCCACAGUCACGUGGUACAAGCGGGGGGGCUCCCUGCCGGCGGACCACCAGCUCUCUGGCUCACACCUGCGGCUGGUCCAGGUCUCGGCGGCUGACUCGGGCGAGUAUGUCUGCCGCGCCGGCACCAAGGAGGCCUCUGUCCUCGUCACCAUCCAGCAGAGCAGCAGUAUCUCCUAUCCCUCAGGAGUCACCCCACCAGUGAGGAUCGAAUCUUCCUCGUCCUCCAUCGCCAAGGGACAGACCUUGGACCUGAACUGCCUCGUCGCAGGCCAGGUGCAGCCCAGAGUCACAUGGCACAAGCGGGGGGGCUCCCUGCCAGCCAGCCACCAGGUCUCCGGCUCGCGCUUGCGCAUCCCCCAGGUCUCGGCGGCCGACUCGGGCGAGUACGUCUGCCGCGUCAGCACCGGCGCCAUCACCCAGGAGACCUCGCUCAUCGUCACCAUCCAGGGCGGUGCCGGCUCCUCCUACUCUCUGGGCGUCACCCCCCGGGUGAGGAUCGAGACCUCUUCCGCGUCCAUCGCCGAGGGACAGACCUUGGACCUGAACUGCAUGGUCGCAGGGCAGGCGCAGCUCAGAAUCACGUGGUACAGGCGGGAGGGCUCCCUGCCAGCCAGUAGCCAGGUCUCCGGCUCCCGCCUGCGCAUCCCCCAGGUCUCAGCUGCCGACUCGGGCGAGUACAUCUGCCGUGUCAGCAAUGGUGCUGGCCCCCUGGAGGCCUCCGUCAUCGUCACCAUCCCCCACAGUGCUGGCUCCUCGUACCCCUCGGGCAUGGCGCCCCCUGUCCGGAUUGAGUCUUCCUCAUCCUCCAUCGCCGAGGGACAGACCUUGGACCUGAACUGCCUCGUCGCGGGCCAGGCACAGCCCAGAGUCACGUGGUACAAGCGGGGGGGCUCCCUGCCAGCCAGCCACCAGGUCUCCGGCUCCCACCUGCGCAUCCCCCAGGUUUCGGCGGCCGACUCGGGCGAGUACGUCUGCCGCGUCAGCACAGGCGCCGUCACCCAGGAGGCAGCUCUUGUCAUCACCAUCGAGGACAGCACCGGCCCAUCUUACUCCUCGGGCAUGGCACCCCCCAUCCGGAUCGAGUCUUCCUCGUCCUCCAUCGCUGAGGGACAGACCCUGGACCUGCACUGCCUCGUCGCGGGCCAGGCGCCAGCCACAGUCACGUGGUACAAGCGGGAGGGCUCCCUGCCGGCCAGUCACCAGGUCUCCGGCUCCCGCCUGCGGCUGGUCCAGGUCUCUGCAGCCGACUCAGGAGAAUACGUCUGCCGUGUCAGCACCAGCGCCGGCCCCCGCGAGGCCUCCAUCACUGUGAGCGUCCCCUCUGGCACCAGCUCCUCCUACCGUCUGCAGAGCCCCAUCAUCUCCAUCGAGCCGCACAGCACUACUGUGCGCCAGAGCGAGGAUGCUACCUUCAAGUGCCGCAUCCACGGUGGUGCCCGGCCCAUCAAUAUCACCUGGAAGAUGGCCCCGAAGCAGCAUCUGCAAGACAAUGUGAAGAUCAGCCCCAAUGGCUCAGUGAUCACCAUCUCCAGGGCUCGCCCCAGCAACCAGGGAGCCUAUCGCUGUGUGGCCUCCAACCGCUACGGAGUAGCCAACAGUGUGGUUAACUUAAUGGUGCAAGGCUCUCCUACAGUAUCUGUGAUGCCCAAGGGCCCCGUGACGGUGAAGGCAGGCAAGUCCAUCAGCCUGGAUUGCCUUGGCAUGGGUGACCCGCGCCCUCUUGUUCGCUGGAGCCGCUUGGGCAUGAGGCAGAAACUCGAGCACCAGAAGCUGUUGCCCCUGGAGAGCCAAGCAGUGCUGCAGAUCUUGGCAGCCAAGCCUGAAGAUGCUGGCACCUACAUCUGCAUGGCCCAGAACUCCAUCGGCUCCGCACAGGUCCAAGUGGAGGUGAGCGUGGAAGCUGCCAACAGAAAGCCUGGCGCCCCUGAGAUCACAGUGAAGCCAACACUGACAGUGGUAGCUGGAGAAACCGCAACCCUCCAGUGCUCUGCUACAGGCGACCCCCCUCCCAGCAUCCAGUGGUCCAAGCUGAGGGCCCCGCUGCCCUGGCAGCAUCGGGUGCUGAAUAACACUCUGCUCAUCCCCCGCGUGGCCCAGCAGGACUCAGGCCAGUACAUCUGCAAUGCCAGCAAUGCUGCCGGCUUCACCGAGGCCUUCGUCACACUGGACGUGGAGACACCCCCCUACGCCACCAGCCUGCCCGAGGAGGUCUCGGUGGCGGCGGGCGAGGCGGUGCGGCUGCAGUGCCUGGCCCACGGCACGCCACCCCUGCACUACCAGUGGAGCAAGGCCAAUGGCAGCCUCUCCAGCAAGGCCGUCCUGCGGGAGAGUGCCCUGCACAUCAGCCCGACGGCGCCCGAGGACUCGGGGACCUACCGCUGCCUUGUCAGCAACCGGGUGGGCUCGGCAGAGACCUUCGCCCAGGUCAGCGUCCAGGGAUCAGCCCCCAGCGCCUCCCCGACCGUGCGAGUCACACCCCAGACGGACGUGAAGGGCGUGGGCGGCACGGCCGAGUUCACCUGCUCCGUCACCGGAGACGCCCGGGCGCGGAUCGAGUGGUUCAGGGAGGGUGGGGAGCUGCCCGCCAGCCACAGCGUGCAGAACGGGGUGCUGCGAAUCCAGAACUUGGAUCGUGGUUGCCACGGGGUUUACACCUGCCGAGUUAGCAGCCCCUCCGGGCAGGCCCAGGACAGCGCGAGGCUGGUGAUCCAGGCUCUGCCCAAGGUGAUGAUCAACGUGCGCACCUCAGUGCAGUCAGUGCUGGUGGGUGCGGCGGUGGAGUUCGAGUGCCUGGCCAUCGGGGACCCCAAGGCACACAUCACCUGGAGCAAGGUGGGCAGCCGCAUUCGCCCCGAGGUGGUCGUCAGCGGUGGGAUGGUGAAGAUCGAGCGGGUGGAGCAGUCGGACGCGGGGCAGUACCGCUGCACCGCCACCAACGACGUGGGCACCGUGCAGUCCAACGUCAUCCUGCACGUGCAGUCCAUCCCCCAGAUCGCAGCUCAGCCGGAGGUCAAGGAGGUCACCACAGGGUCGAGGGCAGUAUUCCCAUGCCUGGCGUCUGGCUUCCCCGUCCCAGAGAUCAAGUGGACCAAGCUGGAAGGAGACCUCCCAAAAGACAUUUGUCUGGAGAACAACGUCUUGACCAUUCCAUCUGUGAAGCCAGAAGAUGCUGGGAUCUACGUCUGCACGGCAUCCAACAGGCAAGGGAAGGUGACGGCCUUCUCCAUGCUCAAAGUCCGAGAGCGGGUGGUGCCAUAUUUUACCCAGAAUCCUCAGACCUUCCUUGCCUUGCCCACCAUCAAGGACGCCUACAAGAAGUUUGAAAUCCAGAUCAGCUUCCGGCCAGACGCUGCUGAUGGGAUGCUGCUGUACAAUGGGCAGAAGAAGAGCACUGGCGCUGACUUCGUGUCCUUUGGUCUGGUGGGAGGCCGCCCGGAAUUCAGGUUUGACGCCGGCUCAGGCAUGGCCACGAUUCGGCACCCGGUGCCAAUCCGACUUGGGGAGUUUCACAUGGUCCGGCUAUACCGGAACCUCACCCAGGGCUCCCUGGUGCUGGACAGCCACCCUCCUGUCAACGGCACAUCCCAGGGUAAAUUCCAAGGGCUGGAUCUGAACGAGGAGCUGUACCUCGGCGGCUAUCCCGACUACAUCGCCGUCGCCAAAUCCGGCCUCAGCAGCGGCUUUGUGGGCUGUGUGCGCCAGCUGCUGGUCCAGGGCGAGGAGGUGAUCUUUAAGGAUCUGGACUUGAAAGCUCAUGGUGUUUCCAACUGCCCCACGUGCCGGGACCGGCCAUGUCAGAAUGGAGGUGUCUGCAGGGACUCGGAGAGCAGCAGCUACGUGUGCCACUGUCCACAGGAAUUCACGGGGAGCAACUGUGAACAUUCGCAGGCACUGCAUUGCCACCCAGAGGCCUGCGGACCGGAUGCCACCUGCAUUAACCGUGCAGACGGGCAGGGCUACCGCUGCCGCUGCCACCUGGGCAAGUCUGGGGAGACGUGCAUGGAAGGCGUCAUGGCGACCACCCCUUCCUUCAAUGGCAGCGACUCGUUCAUCUCCUACCCGCCCCUCACCAACAUCCACUAUGAGCUGCGCCUCGACGCGGAGUUCAAGCCGCUCUCCCCCAACGGCCUCAUCCUGUUCAGCGGGGGCACAGGCGCCCCCGUGGAGGAUUUCGUCUCCCUGGCCAUGGCCAGUGGGCACCUGGAGUUCCGCUACGAGCUGGGCUCAGGCAUGGCUGUGCUCCGGAGCACAGAGCCACUCGCCCUGGGCCAGUGGCACAAAGUCUCGGCAGAACGGAUCAACAAGGAUGGCACCCUGCAGGUGGACAGCAGCAAGCCGGUGAAGAGGUCCUCCCCGGGGAAAAGCCAGGGGCUCAACCUCCGCACGCCCAUGUACCUGGGCGGGGUGGACAAAUCCGUCACUGUGCCUGCAGCCGCCAGCAUCAGCUCCAGCUUCCGUGGCUGCAUUGGGGAGAUGUCGAUCAAUGGGAAGAAGGUGGACAUCUCCUACAGCUUCCUGGAGAGCCGGGGCGUCACCCAGUGCUACGACAGCUCACCCUGCGACCGCAGGCCCUGCCUGCACGGCGCCACCUGCAUGCCCACCGGCGAGUACGAGUUCCAGUGCCUGUGCCAGGAUGGCUUCCGAGGCGAGCGCUGCGAGCUCUCUGAGGAUCAGUGCCUGCUCAGGAACCCUUGCCUGAACGGUGGGAAGUGCAAGGCAAACCAGUGCCUGUGCCCGGCCGGCUUCUCGGGGACGUACUGCGAGCAGGGCCCGGCCCUGGCGGCGCUGGAGCGUGCGUGGGCCCUGGAGGGCAGCGGGGGAAACGAUGCCCCAGGCCAGUACGGAGCCUACUUCCAGGAUGGCGGCUACCUCGCGCUUCCCCGGCACGUGCUGCCCCGCAGUCACCCCAAGUCUCCAGAGACCAUUGAGCUGGAAGUGCGCACGCGCUCCCCGAACGGCCUCCUCCUGUGGCAGGGCGUGGUGACCGGGCAGCCUGCUCUCAAGCCACAUGCUACUAACGAGGAGGAAGGGCAGAACGGCAAAGCCAAGGACUUCAUCAGCCUCGGCCUGAGAGAUGGACACCUGGUGUUCAGUUACCAGCUGGGCAGCGGCGAAGCCAGCAUCGUCUCUGAGGACCCCAUCAACGAUGGAGAGUGGCACAGAGUGACAGCUGUUCGGGAAGGCAGGCGGGGCUCCAUUCAGGUGGACGGCGAGGAGCUGGUGAGUGGGGAGUCGCCAGGCAGCAACGUCAUAGUGAACACCCAAGGCAGCGUGUACAUAGGAGGCGCUCCUGCCAUCCAAGCCCUGACUGCCGGCAAGUUCCGCUCAGGAAUCACAGGGUGCAUUAAAAACCUGGUGCUGAGCAGCGAGCCAGGCCAGCCGCCCCGGCAGCCCAUUGACUUGCAGCAUCACUCGGAGGCGGGAGUUAACAUGCAGGAGUGCCCCUCAUAGGCCGGCUGCCGCCGGCCCCGCGUCCGCAGGCCAAUCGUGGGACGUUGGCUGUUUUAUUAUUACCAUGAUUCACUUUUUUAAAGAAACCCAGAGGAAAAUGGUGCUUCGCUGCUACCCCAGACCAGUGGGGGAUGGGUUUGUUUGUGAUUGGUGCGUGGCAGCAGGGGGGCAGCCACGCCUCCUGCCAGCCCCAUGGGAACGCAGACCCUUCGGAACUGAGACGGUGGAUUCGACCCAAGCGCACUGGGCCCAGGGCCAUAGAGAGCCGGGAGCCCAACCCAGUGCCGGCCCUCGCCACGUCCUGCCCCACAAGAUGGGGAGCUCCCCCCUCUGCCUUCCGGCUUCAGUGCUCAGAUCAUGUGCCCCCGAGCUGGGCGGGAAGGAGGGUGCCAGCUGGCUCUGCUGCGCCCCAUGCCCGCUACAGGACGGGGGGCUGGGCUGGGGAGAGGGGCAGAUGGGGCAUCUUUUCUCUGGGGAGGGACAGGAUCCACAUUCAUCCUCCAAAGCUAGGAGAGUGAGCUCAAAGUCACCGCCUGCCUUGCAGGUGGCACGCCUCACCCCGCUCGGUGAGAGCCUGCCCCCUCUCUCCAGGAGCAGUGAGGGGCUCCCAGCCUGGUCACCCCUCCCGCUCCAUGCCCUGGGCAGCACUACAGGGGCCAGCAGGCUGGGGCAGGGGUUCCCACCAGGAUCUGUCUGUUUACACUGUGGCCAUCCCCGUUGCCUCAGCCACACUCCAGCCCCCGCACCAUGGCUGCCCCAAGCCCCUAGCUGGGGCUGUCUCCCUAGAGCCUCACCGGGAGGGUCGUGAUGCAGAGCAGGAGGGCAGGGGCAGGCCCCGGGAGCGACCACAGCUCAUGCUGCAGGGUACCCUGGCCGGCAUCCUGCAUGCACGGCUGGGGGCCCAGGCAUAAGGACAGCCCCACGGCUUGCUCCAGGUGCUGGUGGCAGGGGCAUCCCAUGGCCAGAGGCUGUUACGUGUUCCUGUGGGCAGCCAGCAGACACCCCCCCCCCCAAAAAAGAUCAUUCCUCCCCAGUCAGACGGGCGGACAGAUGCAAGUGCCUUACUAGCAGCAGGACCCUCUGGGGGCCGGGCUGCCCCUAUUCACCCAACAACCAUUGGGCAGACCCUUAAAAGCUGCCCACCCAUUCCCUGCCCUGCCCUGCCCUGCCUGGCGGGGGGCGUUUCCUGCUCUGGAGCCAUCUGCUCGCAGGACAAUCUUCGCUCACUGCUCUGCCAGGUCCAGAUCUAAGCACUUACCCAGCGCCAGGCCCUUCGAAUCGCACCACCAACUGCACUGGCUGGAGCCUGCCCAGCAUCACGGCUCCUUUUUCACCCCCAGCGUCACUUGGUGGGACAGAGAUGACUCGGCCUAGGCAGUGGCAGGCCGGGCAGAACAGCCCACUGCAAAGAGCCCUUCGCCCCAGCCCACCCCGGCUCCCUGAGCAGAACCGAGAGCUCCAAGGGCACCUGUUCGAACAGAGCCCAGCAAAUGUCACCUCUCUGCCUGGGGUGACGUCCCACCCAGGGCGAGGCGCCAGCACAGGGCACGGCUCCCGCUGCCUUGCAUUGCCCGUCUGCCCAGGGCGGCUGCCACCCCAGAGAACAGCAGGGAGCCAGGCUGCUUGUGUUCCUGCCGUUCAGAUGGCGCCCUGUUAACGCACCCGACCCCAGACCACGUCCGACUUGUGCUGUUUCACUGGAUUCCUAUUAAACGACAAAUAACGCCUGA